UCGCCAACCUUUACUCCUUUCAAACCCCGCUUGCCCCAUCUCCUCUUCCUGUCAUAUCUUUUCCUUUUGUUGGUCGUCGUUGUCUUUCCUUCCGCGUUCUAUAUCGAAGAGCAUAUAUAUCAGAAAGGGGUCGAUGAGGGAGGGAGGCGGCAGCAGCGGUGGGAGUGGGCACAGCGCCGCCAUGUACGCCGACAGGCCCAUGCCGCACUCUGACCAGCUCAUGCACCAGUCCUCCGCGGAUGAGGACUCCUUCAUGCGACACAGCAGCUCCUCCACCACGGCCAGCUCUGGGUUCUACUCCGACUACCCCAUGGCCAUGAGCGGCGAGAGCUCCCCUUUCAUCAUGUCCCCUUGGCACCAGUCCUCCCCCCACCCGGCCAACGACCCCGCCUUCGCGGAUGCCGCCGCUGGGCUCCCCUUCACUGGCCUCAUCAGCUCCCUGGUGCGCGAGGAGGGUCACAUCUACUCGCUCGCUGCCAUUGGCGACCUCCUGUACACCGGAUCUGACAGCAAGAAUAUCCGGGUGUGGAAGAACCAGAAGGACUUCGCCGGGUUCAAGUCCAGCAGCGGGCUCGUCAAGGCCAUCGUCAUCGCGGCGGAUCGCAUCUUCACCGGCCACCAGGACGGCAAGAUCCGGGUAUGGAGGGUGUCCCCCAAGAGCGCCGCCGUACACAAGCGUAUUGGGAGCCUCCCCAGGCUCAAGGACGUCAUCCGGAGCUCGCUGAAGCCGUCCAACUACGUCGAGGUCCGUCGCCAUCGCAGCGCCCUCUGGAUUCGCCACUCCGACGCCAUAUCGUGCCUUUGCCUCGACGAGGACCAGGGGCUCCUCUACUCGAGCUCCUGGGACAAGACCUUUAAGGUGUGGCGAAUAUCUGACUCGAGGUGCCUGGAGUCUGUCAUCGCCCAUGACGACGCUGUCAACUCGGUUGUGACCGCCUUCGGCGGGCUCGUCUUUACCGGCUCCGCCGACGGCACCGUCAAGGUGUGGCGACGGGAGCUGCAGGUGAAGAGCACCAAGCACUCGCCGGUGCAGACGCUGCUCAAGCAGGAGUCCGCUGUGACCUCGCUCGCGGUCAGCCCGACAGCGCCUAUCCUCUACUGCGGCUCCUCCGACGGGAUCAUCAACUUCUGGGAGGGAGAAGGGCAACUCUCCCACGGCGGAGUGCUCCGAGGCCACAAAAUGGCAGUGCUCUGCCUCGCCGCGGCCGGAAGCCUCCUGCUGAGCGGCUCCGCUGACAAGAAUAUCUGCGUGUGGCGGCGCGAGGGCACAGUGCACAACUGCCUCUCGGUGCUCAGCGGCCACUCGGGACCAGUCAAGUGCCUCGCGAUAGUCACGGACACCGGCGGCGAGGAGGGGGGCCGCGGCAGCGCCGCCGCGAGUUGGAUCGUGUACAGCGGCAGCCUAGACAAAUCGGUGAAAGUGUGGCGGGUGUCGGAGCAGUCACCGGAGGCGUUGCUGAGGGCGCCGCAGUCGGGGGCGUACGGCGGCAGGGCGGAGUAAGCUUAUAGAAGCGUGGUGGGCCAAGACAACGAGGGGCCCAUGGCGCGAGUACAUGUUGCCGCUUGAGAUCCUUGGUGCGGCGGCGCUUACGAACACCACCAGCGAGGUCUGCCGCAAAGCAGACGCUAUUCGUUAGUU